CACACACAUAUACACAUACAGAGACGGUCAAAGAUACUGUGUUCUUCGAAAGCUUGAGUUUUUUCUCUGUUUUCUUUAAUGGCGGCCCGAAGGAUCUCAUCACUUUUCUCUCGCUCAUUCACCUCUUCAUCGGUUGCUUUGGUUUCUCGAGGGAAAAACUCUUAUCUAGGCAGAGGAAUUUGUAACUAUAGCACAGCUGCCGCUAUUGAGGAGCCAAUCAAGCCACCUGUCAGUGUGGAUCAUAAUCAGCUUCUUAUAAAUGGACAGUUUGUGGACGCAGCAUCUGGAAAAACUUUUCCAACAUUGGACCCUAGGACUGGGGAGGUGAUUGCUCAUGUUGCCGAAGGUGAUUUAGAAGACAUCAAUCGAGCAGUUGCUGCAGCUCGCAAAGCUUUUGAUGAAGGACCAUGGCCAAAAAUGACUGCUUAUGAAAGAUCAAGAAUAAUGUUGCGCUUGGCAGACUUGGUUGAGAAGCAUAAUGAUGAAAUUGCUGCACUUGAGACUUGGGACAAUGGGAAGCCAUAUGAACAAUCGGCUAGUAUUGAAGUACCAAUGUUUGUACGCCUAAUGCGAUAUUAUGCUGGUUGGGCAGAUAAAAUUCAUGGUCUCACCCUUCCUGCUGAUGGACCGUAUCAUGUGCAAACUUUGCAUGAACCAAUUGGUGUUGCCGGCCAGAUUAUCCCGUGGAAUUUUCCUCUUCUCAUGUAUGCUUGGAAAGUUGGGCCUGCCCUUGCAUGUGGUAACACUGUUGUUCUGAAGACGGCAGAACAGACGCCACUGUCUGCUCUAUAUGUAUCAAAGCUAUUCCAUGAGGCAGGGCUUCCUUCUGGCGUUUUGAAUGUGGUUUCUGGCUUUGGUCCCACUGCUGGGGCAGCUCUUUGCAGUCAUAUGGAUGUGGACAAGCUUGCUUUUACUGGAUCAACAGAGACUGGAAAAAUUGUACUUCAAUUGUCUGCUCAAAGUAAUCUUAAGCCAGUGACUUUGGAACUUGGUGGGAAAUCCCCUUUCAUUGUAUGUGAGGAUGCUGAUGUAGAUAAGGCUGUUGAGCUGGCACACUUUGCUCUAUUCUUUAACCAGGGACAAUGCUGCUGUGCUGGCUCUCGCACAUUUGUUCACGAACGUGUAUAUGAUGAAUUUGUAGAAAAAGCAAAGGCACGGGCAAUGCAACGGGCUGUUGGUGAUCCAUUCAAGCAGGGAAUUGAACAAGGUCCUCAGCUUGCUUUUACUGGAUCAACAGAGACUGGAAAAAUUGUACUUCAAUUGUCUGCUCAAAGUAAUCUUAAGCCAGUGACUUUGGAACUUGGUGGGAAAUCCCCUUUCAUUGUAUGUGAGGAUGCUGAUGUAGAUAAGGCUGUUGAGCUGGCACACUUUGCUCUAUUCUUUAACCAGGGACAAUGCUGCUGUGCUGGCUCUCGCACAUUUGUUCACGAACGUGUAUAUGAUGAAUUUGUAGAAAAAGCAAAGGCACGGGCAAUGCAACGGGCUGUUGGUGAUCCAUUCAAGCAGGGAAUUGAACAAGGUCCUCAGGUUGACUCUGAUCAAUUUGAGAAGAUUCUGAAGUACAUAAGAUCUGGUAUCGAGAGCGGAGCUAAUCUUGAAACCGGAGGUGAGCAACUAGGCGGUAAGGGCUACUAUAUUAAGCCCACUGUUUUCUCUAAUGUUCAGGAUGACAUGUUGAUUGCAAAGGAUGAGAUCUUUGGUCCUGUGCAGUCAAUCUUGAAGUACAAGGAUCUUGAUGAAGUGAUACGAAGGGCAAAUGCCUCGCCCUAUGGACUGGCCGCAGGGGUUUUUACCCAGAACAUCGACACAGCCAACACUUUGAUGCGAGCAUUGAAAGUUGGGACAGUAUGGAUUAAUUGCUUCGAUACUUUUGAUGCUGCAAUUCCUUUUGGUGGGUACAAGAUGAGUGGGCAGGGCAGAGAAAAGGGAGAAUACAGUCUCAAGAACUACUUGCAAGUGAAGGCUGUUCUUGCUUUUACUGGAUCAACAGAGACUGGAAAAAUUGUACUUCAAUUGUCUGCUCAAAGUAAUCUUAAGCCAGUGACUUUGGAACUUGGUGGGAAAUCCCCUUUCAUUGUAUGUGAGGAUGCUGAUGUAGAUAAGGCUGUUGAGCUGGCACACUUUGCUCUAUUCUUUAACCAGGGACAAUGCUGCUGUGCUGGCUCUCGCACAUUUGUUCACGAACGUGUAUAUGAUGAAUUUGUAGAAAAAGCAAAGGCACGGGCAAUGCAACGGGCUGUUGGUGAUCCAUUCAAGCAGGGAAUUGAACAAGGUCCUCAGGUUGACUCUGAUCAAUUUGAGAAGAUUCUGAAGUACANACUAAUAUAA